AUGGAGACGCGGACCAAGGAUACCACCACCACCCGCGCCGACCACUUCGCCCGCUCCGCCCGGGUGCAGGGCCUCAAGUCGCGCGCCGCCUUCAAGCUCCUCGAGCUCGACUCCAAGUACCACCUCUUUCGCCGCGGCAAGGGCCAGGUCGUCGUCGACCUGGGCUAUGCCCCGGGCAGCUGGUCGCAGGUGGCUCUCGACCGCACGGCGCCCAACGGCACCGUCGUCGGCAUCGACAUCAUUCCCGCCCAGCCUCCGAAGGGUGUCAGCACGAUCCAGGGUAACUUUCUGAGUCCCGGGGUGCAGGCGAUGGUGAAGCAGUUUCUAUUGGAGGGGGAGAAGAAGAAGAGGGCCGAGAGGGCUGCCGCCAGGAACGUGAUAAAGGGGGAGGCAGAGGCUGAUUGGUUGAAUGAAGUGGCCGACCGACCGAGUUAUAUCGUUCUGGAGCGCAUGGCGGCGCACGAGAGCGAGGUCAACAGCGGUGUCUCCUUCGCCGCCUCAUCGACACCAACAUCACACGACGACGAGAGCAUACACUCAAAUGCAAGGGGAGAAAAGCGGCCAAAUCUUCGGUUGGUAGUUCUCAGCGACAUGUCAGCACCCUGGCCCCAGACCCACGGCUUCUCGAUCAAAACGUUGAGUAACCCGUAUAUCAGGAUGAUGAACACGAGCGGCAUCGCCUUCAAAGACCACGCAGGCAGCAUGGAUCUCUGCCACGCCGCACUCUCCUUCGCCUCCGACACGCUCAAGCCGGGCGGCAACUUUGUCUGCAAGUUUUACCAAGGGCCCGAGGACAAGGCGUUCGAGGCAUUGCUCAGAAAGAUGUUUGCCAAGGUGCACCGGGAAAAGCCCGAGUCGUCACGGAGCGUGAGUCUUCACUCGUAG